AUGGACGAAAUACUGCCACAUAUUCUAUUUCCUCGGGAUGAUGACGAUGGAGUUUCGCGGGGACAACGUGCACUGGUGGUGACAGCCGUGCUAACUGCCAUUUCUAUUCUCAUCGUUGGUAUGCGGAUGUAUGCUAGGAUCGGCUUGCUGAAAAUGAUCGGUCGCGAAGACUACACCAUUCUAUUUUCUCUGGUUCUUGCUAUUGUCUACUUAGCUUUAGUUGCUGCCGAGGUACAUUUUGGCCUCGGCAAGCAUAAUUCCGCCCUAUCUGAUGAAGAAUUGAAACAACAAUUGAAGCGACUUUGGGCGGCCAUUCCUAUGUACAAUGCUAGUCUCGCAUUCACCAAAUUCUCGAUUCUUUUCCAAUAUCUCCGUAUCUUCCCUGACCGUCGAUUCCGUACUGCUUGCUGGGUCGUGAUGGGUAUUGUCGCGUUGUACGGGACUUGGGCUGUUGUGAGUGGCUACGUGAACUGCGUUCCUGUGGCCAAGUUCUGGGAUCGAACGAUGCCUGGCUCGUGUCUGAGCUUCGAGGGCGUUUGGUUUUUCAAUGCAUCAAUGAAUAUCGUAACCGACCUCACGCUCCUCAUCAUGCCGAUGCCUCUUCUCUCCCAACUACAGCUCCCGCGCUUACAGAAAUUUGCCCUCAUGGGUGUUUUCGCCAUCGGUGGACUGGUCGUCAUAACCAGCAUCCUGCGACUUUCUAGUCUCCGCUCAGUCGCGAAUGAUCCCGACACAUCCUACAGCAACGUGGGCGCUGCGUACUGGACUGCAGCGGAGUGCAAUGUGGCCAUCAUCUGCGCCUGUCUUCCCUUCCUGCGGCCGAUUGUCAGCUGCCUGUUCCCCAAGCUCCUGUCGACUCACAGCUACAACCGCUACACCCGGAAUCCAACCGCUACUGCCACCACUCGGUCUCGAGUAACCCGGAUGCAGCUGCCCUCGCAAAAUGACGAUUUCGGCAUGUGCACGAUCGAUAUCGAGCACGGCGAAAGGAAACCUGACGCGUUCAAGGGCAUCGAAGUGACCACGGAGAUGUACCAAGAAACCUCCAAAUACGACGAAUCAACCAGUCAACGAAGACUCGUCAUGGAACAAUGA